CUCAAUGAACUGAGCAGCAGAGUGUGUAUGUAGGGACUCAUCGCUUUAUUAAUAUCAUUAUGGCUGACUCUUUACUCCGCUGGACUGUUGAUGAACUAAAGAAUAGUUUCGGUUUGGAGGCAAGCGAUGACAUUGUGCAGUACAUCAUUUCCAUUGAGAAUGAAGAUGAAAUUGUGGAGUAUGUUGAAGAUCUCUUACAAGGAACAGAAGGAAAAAAGAAGGAAUUCAUAGAGGAUCUGGUGCAGAGAUGGGAGAGUUGUCGGUCUCCAGCACCUUAUGUUUCAGGGCUUAUCCCCAGAAAGGAUGAGACGAUGGAUGAUCUUGACACAACACCUAAAGACACUCAGAAGAAAUCAAAGCGAAAGGGAAGAAACAGGCAGGAGAUGAUGAGUGUCUCUCAACCAGAACCAGAGCCUGUGAAAACUCCUAUUGACCUGAUGAAGGCACAGGAGAACAGCAGUUCAUCUUCAGUGAAAAAGAAGAACAAGUUUGUGAAUCUCUAUGCCAAAGAGGGUCGAGACAAGCUGGCUAUUUUGCUGCCCGGCCGUCAGCCCUGUGAUUGUCUUGCUCAGAAACACAAACUCAUUAACAACUGUCUGAGCUGUGGGCGGAUUGUGUGCGAGCAGGAAGGGUCCGGUCCAUGCUUGUUUUGUGGCAGUCUGGUCUGCACUAAUGAGGAGCAAGAAAUCCUGCAACGAGACUCCAACAAAAGUCAAAAGCUUCGUAAAAAACUCAUGGGAGAGGGGUCUGAGCGGGACAAUCUGCCCCACCAAGAGGCCAAAAUAAAAGCAGGACUGGAAAAAGCUGUACAGCAUAAAGACAAACUUCUAGAGUUUGACAAGAACAGUGUAAAGAGAACACAAGUUUUGGAUGAUGAGUCAGAUUACUUCGCAACGGACUCUAACCAGUGGCUGUCUCCAUGUGAGCGUGAUGCAUUACGCAAACGAGAGGAGGAGCUCCGGGAGCUUCGACACGCAUCUCGCAAAGAUCGAAAGAUUACACUUGACUUUGCUGGGAGACGAGUGCUGGACGAGGGGGAGAAUUUGAGUCCUUACUACCAGAAGUUUGAUGAGACAGUCAAUGCCCUCAACUCUGGUUCUUUUGGCCAAAAAACAAAGAAGUCUGUUUCUACUGAUCGACCGCACCUCAGAGAGCUGGUUAACCCUAACAUUGGGCAGCCGGCACCAGAGUGGGUUGAUGUGGGCGGUGGUAGCUCCUCGAAAAAGUCUUCAUCAAAGACCGUAAGCAGUGCCCAGGAAACUGAGCGCAGUCGACUGAGACUUCAAGAUAGAGAGCUGCAGGAGAUCUCAGACGGUGGUUGGUGUCUCAGCAUGCAUCAGCCAUGGGCUUCUCUGCUUGUCAAAGGCAUCAAAAGGGUGGAAGGUAGAACGUGGUACACAUCCCAUAGGGGGCGCCUGUGGAUCGCUGCCGCUGCUAACAGACCCUCACCUCAAGACAUAGCGCAGGUAGAGGCCAUGUACCGCCACAUUGAUAAACAGGAGCCUCAGUUUCCAUGUGAGUAUCCUACAGGCUGCCUGCUCGGCUGUGUCAACGUCACAGAUUGCCAUCCUCAGGAACAGUUCAGAGAGCAGUGUCCCCAGAUCUGCAAGGAGUCGACUUCUCCAUUCGUCUUCAUUUGCUCCAACCCCCAGGAGCUGGUGGUGAAAUUUCCCAUGAAAGGGAAACACAAGAUUUGGAAACUGGAGAGCCAGAUCCACCAAAGUGCCAAGAAGUGUUUAAUGCAGCCAGCGUGACCUGAUCAAACCCAUGCCGGUCAAGAGGAAAAGAGAAUCCCGGUGGAAGCCUCAGGACGGAUUUUUCACGCUAUAGUGUCAACAUGCUAGAUAAUGUUUACAUUGAGCACUUAUUCACCGGAUGGAUGUUUUUGCUUUUUCUGCAAUAAAAGGUUGUCAGAU